CUCCCUCCUCCCCGUCCUCCCCUGCUCCUCCCUUCUCCAAAUCGCUGCUGCACGGCACCGGUGUGCGGUGCCGCACGGGCUGGCCGGCUGCCCCGAAACGGCCAACGCCGGGAGAGCCACCGUGCCCGGCCUGGCCAGGGAGAUGCCGCUGGAGGACGGGGACCCGGUGAGGCAGAGGGGACAGCGGGUCAGUGAAGCUGGAGACCCCCCGCUCCGAGGCGCAGCGGUGCCCGAUGGCAGCAGGAUGGAGGUGAUGGCAGAGGACUGGGAGCCGGGGCCGGCGCUGGGUGAGAGCGAUGUGACAUCCAGGGGGGGCCCGCAGCGAGCGGGGCGGCACGAGGAAGCCCUGAUGGCCGAGCUCUCGGAGCUGGUGCAGAAGGUGGUGAAGAGCAGCAGCUGGUGGGAACGGCACGGUGUGGAUGUCAGCAUCCUCGUCUGCAGCUUCCUCCUGCUCCCAGCAGGGUUCCUGUGCCUGCGGUCAGCCCAGGCCAUCCCUUUCCUGGCGGGUGUCCUCACCCUUGGCGUGGUGCAUCACACCUUGACGGUGAAAGGCAGCCACCUGGCCAGUCACAACGCCUUGACAGAGUCCAAGUCCUGGGGCAAAGUGUGGGCCAUCUUCUUCAUCGAGCUCUGCUCAGCUUUUACAGCUGAGCAAGCCACUUACAAUCAUGUGAAGAUCCACCAUGGCUACACCAACGUCAUCGGCUUGGGGGACUCCAGCACCUGGAAGCUUCCUUUCCUGAACCGCUACGUCUAUAUGUUCAUUGCGCCUCUUGCGGUGCCCAUCAUAACCCCUCUGGUUGCACUUGAUUUGUUGAGGAACGUAGAGUGGAAAACAGCUCUCCGGACCCUCUGCUUCAUGUUUCUGGGUCUUUACUGCCAUUACUGGCUGCUGCUCCACGUCUCGGGCUUCCAGUCACCAUGGUCUGCCCUGCUCUGCAUGCUGCUCACCCGCUCCCUCCUGGCCCAUCCCUACAUCCACGUCAACAUAUUCCAGCACAUCGGCCUCCCCAUGUUCGCGGCUGAUCGGAAACCCAAGCGGAUUCACCUCAUGAGCCUGGGUGUCCUCAACCUGCCCCGCAACGCCCUACUCGACUGGUCCUUUGGCCACUCGCUCAUCAGCUGCCAUGUGGAGCAUCACCUCUUCCCCAGCCUCUCCGACAACAUGUGCCUCAAGAUCAAACCAGUCGUCUCCCAGUACCUGAAGCAGAAGAAAUUGCCAUACAAUGAAGACACCUACGUCUCCAGGCUCCGGCUCUUCCUGCAGCGAUACGAGGAGCUGAUGGUCCAUGCUCCCCCCAUAACGGAACUAGUCGGCAUCCAGUGAGGAUGGGGCCCCAGGACAUGGGGGGCUGUUUCCCACGAGGCACAUCAGGGAUGGUUUUAGCAGGAUCAGGGCUACACAGACAAAUGCUUCCAUAAAGCCAUCGUGUAGGAAACAUCUCUCCCCAAUGUCUUGCUUUUGGCUAGAUAACGAUGCACGGAGCCAUUGCAGGAGGAGAGCUGGGUGGUGCAACGCCAGGGACAGAAAAAGCAGGGGGUCUCCCCCAGUUAUUCACAGCCAGGGCUUAGUUUUAUCCACUCCGCUUUCAUGCUUGGGGAGAGAAAACCCCGGUUUGCUGGCUGGGGCCUCCCUGCAGCAGGACCUGGGGGAUGCAGCUGGGAAUGUGACACCGUGUCCGGAGCUUCUGGAGUUGGUUUCUGGCUGAGAGCCACCAAGAUCUGCAGGAAGGGGCUGCAAAUGUGUGGUCGGGGGCUCAGGGAAAGGGUGGACGGUGCGGAGGGGGUUGUGUCACUGCUGCCUGCGCUUUGCCUGACUUCGGGGUAAAUCAGUCCCUUCUAGGAACAAUGAUUUGGCAAAUUCAGCCUUAA